GUUUCUGAUACGGAAGUAUGACAAGCGUGAAUCAAGUUUCGACUGAGCAUGCGCAAAGCCACGUAAGUGUUGACAGCUGGAAACAUGUCUGCGCCCUAAGAAAUUAUCAGUCCUGAACUAUUUCCUUUGCGAAGACGAAAACAGAAGCCCUGAAAAUGGUCGUGGCAGACGUCGGUUCCAUCAUUUUCCGCCUGAGAGGGGGUUUGGAGCUCACCUGCCAGCUGGACAGCACCGAUGGGGCAAGUGUACAGCAGGCUGUGUCUGGCGCAUUUAAGCGCCUCUGCUGCAAAGUUCGGUCCGAGAGUCUUGUCCUCUGCGUUCGGAACAGCCCCCUUUUAAUUUGGCCCAACAAAGGCGUCCUCGUAAUUCCGGAUGAAGUGAAAGAAAGCACCCCCUGUAAAGACAUCCAACAGCACAUUCAGGCCGAGGAAAACGACAGCGGGAAAAAAUCCUCUAAAAAGAAAGACAAGAAGAACGCCACCACAUGUGUGAUCAACAUGGACCUGAUGAUGGAGGUGACGGAGCCCAGCCGCCUCUCGGCCACCGUCCUCACCAGCAGAAGCCAGAAGAAGCACUUUGUGCGCAUGACGCUGCCCGUGGACUGCGUGGCGUCUGUUCCUGCGGAGGACAGUGUCGGAGCUGUCUCUGGGCGCCUGGUGGGGGCGCUGUGCGAUCAGCUGGCAGACAUGGAGAAGGUGGUACUGCAGCACAUGAAGGGGACGGCCCUGCUCCUGCCCCAGCCCUUCCACUUCCUGCUGCCGGAGCCCUCCGGCCUGGUGACCGUGGUGUACCCCGCUGGGGUGCUGGACAGCAGGCUGGAGCUCACCAGGAAGGAACUGCACAGCAGGUUUGAGCUUCCGGAGGACAGGCCCUGCUUCAGACGGGCCAACGCCUUUCAUUUCCCUGACGAGCCCUACAAAGAUGGCUACCUCAGAAAUCCCCACGCUGCCCUCAAUCUCCCCAACAUGGAGGGUGUCAAGCCGUACCAGGUGCAAGGCAUCUACAGCUACCAUCACUACAUGCAGGACCACAUAGAUGACAAUGGCUGGGGCUGCGCAUACAGAUCCCUGCAGACCAUCUGCUCCUGGUUCCAGCAGCAAGGAUACGUGGAGCGGGAGGUGCCCUCCCACAGGGAGAUCCAGCAGGCCCUGGUGGAUGUGGGGGACAAACCGGCCUCCUUCCUGGGGUCCCGGCAGUGGAUCGGCUCCAUCGAAGUGCAGGUCGUGCUGGACAAGCUGCUGGGCGUCACCUCAAAGAUCCUGUUUGUGAGUCAAGGGUCAGACCUGGCAUCCAAAGGGAGGGAGCUGGCCAACCACUUCCAGACGGAAGGCACGCCCAUAAUGAUUGGAGGGGGAGUCCUGGCGCACACCAUCCUGGGAGUGCUGUGGAGUGAGACCACAGGGCAGAUCAAGUUCCUCAUCCUGGACCCACACUACACUGGGGGGGAGGACCUACAGGUCAUCACAGACAAGGGCUGGUGUGGAUGGAAAGGCCCAGAAUUCUGGGAUCAGAAUGCCUACUAUAACCUCUGCAUGCCCCAGAGACCCAAGACCAUAUGACCAGCUGCUUUCUGCUCGUUUUUAAUUAAAAGAUUAAGGGUAAUAAUUUAAUGUCACUUGCAAAUUUGUAAAUAAAUGUGAACAAUUCAGAAAAUAAAGUAACGAUGCAUAUAUAAAAAAAA